AUGAAGAAUCUGCUGCGGAAAGAGCAGCAGAAGCGCCGUUCUACUUCAGGUCCAGGCGGGGCUGAAUCUGGAGGACAGCAAGCUUUAUUUCUGGACGACAGCAGCACAACUUCAGCAGCUUCUGUUGCAGAAUUUUCAACAUUUGAGCACGAGCACGACGGGGAAGUUGUACAACUUCAAGCUAGUACCAAAGAAGGUCAAGAAGUUGUUAAUAAUACAACGGGAAGAUUUAUUUACUUGCAAGAGCAAGACCAAGAGACAGCAGCAGCACAAGUAACACGCAAACAAGAAAUAAACGAGCAACGUCUUCUCCGGAACACAGUGGUUGAAGAGUUCUGCGGGCAUUUUUGUGAUUACCCGAAAUUAGAGCAGAUUUACGGGCAAAAUUUCGAAUUUGACGCUAAGUACGCGGAUACGUUAACCUUGGUCGACGCCUUUGAUCAGUUUGUCAAGGACUUUUUCGGCGGGGGCUCGUCUCGCGGCGGUGUAAGUGGAAAGGAAGAAGUGGCCGCCGCUCAGAGGCGUCGAGGAGAUUCAGCACAGCAGCAGGUAGUACUGCAGCGUACAGAGGAACCAGGAACUAGUAGUACGUCAACAGGAGAAGAAGUAGAACACGUUGAAAAAAAACACAGCAAAACUGAAAAAUCCCCUCUUCCCUACUCCCUCGCCUACGGCUCCCUGCUCGGGUACGAACGGCAUAAGUCGUUAUGGACUGCCAAAGUAUCGUACUAGGUAGUAGAAAUCGCAUCACAAAUUUGUCAGCAUGACAAAUAAAAUUUGUAAUGCGGAUUCAACUUGAGAAUAAAACUUGUAAUGUGAGAGUAGGAUUACUACGAGUACGAUACUUUUGCAGCGGAUAGUCGUUUAUCCCCUACGAUUCGGAUGCGGACAUCAUGCUUCCUUUGGAUUUCUGGGAGCAGAUCAUCACGUUUGUGGUGCGGAAAUUCGUCGCGGAGGAGAAUGAAAAGGAACUACUUGUUGUUUCUCCACCAUCAUCUUCUAAAAACAAGCCUAGAAGAAGAACAACAACAGCACCAACAGCAGUUGCAGCCUCCUCGCUGACAGAAGCACAGGAAGUAAAACAAAUGGCAGAACGAAGUCCCGAAACAAUGGGUGGUGAAAGAACGAAAAUCACAGCAGCACCGCCGAGUUCUUAUUUGCAGCUGCUGGGGAGUAGUAAAAUAGUGGACGCAGGUAUCACAGGAAAAAAGUGUAUACAGUUACACACUUGUUGGAGUUUCUGCAUCACAAAGUUGCUCGACAUGGCAAAGAAAACCUGUGAUGCGCAGACUAUAAGGGAAAACACGUAUGAAAUGAGGUUGGCAAGCAUUUCCUGCAUGACAGAGGUUAUCUGUCUUGCUUGUCUCCCAUCAGAGUGUGUAACUGUAACACUUUUUUCUCACGAUAGCAGGGAAGGAAAUGCUGGCGGAGGUAGGAAGGGUGCUGCACAGUGUGAAAGAUCAUGUACUAUCCUGAGUAAAAACGUACCCACCCCAGAGUUGUAAUGCAGAUUUGCAAUGACAAAGACAUUUGCGAUGCGCAUCCCCAUGAGAGCCAUUUCCAAUCGUGUUUUGGAAUUUGUGAUGCUGUGAACAGGAUCAGCAGGUCGAUUUGUGAUGCGGCUUUCCUUGCUAACUUGCACUACCUUCGGGUCAGCGAAUUUCUCUUCAAAAUACAUCGUUUCAAGUGUUUUUUUUUGUCGUACUUUUUUACUCCGAAAGCGGGGGUCGUACAGUCCAUGGUGCCGAACUUGGCUACUUCUGGUUCGGAAGUCGCACAACAACCAAAAACGCAAGAGGUUUUUUCUGUGCCCCAGGUUAUUUUGUCGUAGCGCGCGUGGCUCCAGUUCCUGCGAUGCAUUUCUACUUCGCAGGAGUGUCUGGCGUAGCGCCAUGUCUUGCGCGCAGCGCAUCAUUUCUUUCAAGGGUCAGAGGAUGGAGAAUUUUUUUGAAAACCACGACAAGGAUCUCUGAUGCAGAUCAAUUUGAAAAAAUGCUGACGAUAGUCAUACUGCGUGGCUGUGAUAGAGGUAGUGAUGAGUACUUGUGCGAAUCGAAUGAAGGUGGUGUCGAGCUGUCUCUCGUGCCCGAACACCACGCGAAGAAUUGAUUGAUGUCUUUUGCGUAUAGCUAUUGCUGUAGGUGUUGAACGCGAAACUGCUUGAAG